UAUGCUAUAUUUCAUAUGUUUUCGUGUGUCAUCUCAACUUUUUGCCUAUAUAUUAUUUUUUUUAUUUCCUUUUGCUUGCAGGUUUUUAUCUUUUGUGCUUCGAUUCGCUACAUCAAAAGUACUUCUACUAGGUACUAAGUCCAUGGAUGAACUCAACAUCUUCAAAGAACUAGAAAAGGAUGUGGAGAGAGAUUUAGAAGAAGAGAUCAAAGACGAUAUUUAUCGUCUUGCUUUGAGGCUUCAUCGACUGUAUCAACACCAGAAGGAGAGGCACACAAGUGACUCAUCUGAACCUCACAUGAAAGAACAACAUGCAAAGAAUAAGAUACUCUCAGAGCUCAACAUAAACAUACGGAUGGAAAACGGUACCAAAAUAGAGAUAAAAGAGACCAAGGAUGGAAUACGCAGUCCUCGUUUGACAUCAGCGAACAUCAAACGAGCAGCGGCUCCAGCUCCUCAGAAAAAGAAGUUCAACUGGGAAAGCACCCUUCGAUCAGAACCACUUGUAAAAAGUGACCAGUAUACUAAACCAAAAUCUGAUGAAAAAGAUGUUAAGAAAGUUGCAAAAAGUAAUUCGGUCCUGGCACAGAGGAUGGAGAACAUACCAACCAAGAAGAAUCCACUCAAAGUUGGUUCCAGAAAUAAAAAUAUUUGGGCUCCUUAAGAACAUAACUUAAAGGUUAGUUUGUGUGUUACAAAAUAUACGUCAAUUAUGAAAUUGUGUAUUUAUAGUGAAUAAGUGGCAAAAGCCAAAUGUUUUGUAUGUAAUUAAAGUUUCAUAUUUAUGUUUUCCUUGUAAUGUUGACAUAUUUAAAACCAAAAUCCGUUAACUAUAAUUAAUUAAA